AUGUUAGUCUACCUGUUGGCGGAGAAAGGCUGGUCCUCAUAUCUACGACUACAGAACCUAACCACGGACAGUCGUGGUAUUGCCAGGUUCUCCGUCAACACAACCAGUCUGCCCAAAGAGAAUAUUAACCUCGUAGUGAGCGACUCCCCACAAGUGGAGUACCCAGGAUACAGGGUCCCCUAUUUCAACAGAGGGCAACACCUACUCUCGCUGAUCCAGCCCGCUGCCCCUGACAUUAAACCGUCCAGCUCCCUGGCUAUUCAGAAGAUGGAGAAACCACUGGCGUGUGGGCAGGCGGUGUCGAUCACCAUCCGCUAUGCCAUCGUAGGGGAGACUGUCCCAAAGGGCUCUGUGGCUGUCCUCUACCUGGCCUUGUCCAGAGGGGUCAUAGUUCAGCAUGGACACAUCAAUGUUACUGUGCAGCAGGACAGUCCUGAAGCUGAGGGUGACGUCACCUUGAUGUUGGCAGUGGUCCCAGAGAUGGCGCCGGUGGUUCAGCUCCUGGUGUACAGUAUGCUACCCAGUGAGACUGUCAUCGCCCACAGCAUGAACUUCCCCACUGAGAAAUGCUUCAGGAACAAGGUGUUGGUGGAGUUCUCUCCCGCCAACGCUGUCCCAGGGGAGGAGAACACCCUGCAUCUCUCGGCCCGGCCCGGUUCCCUCUGUGGCCUCAGUGCUGUUGACCAGAGUGUUGGCGUCAUGGAGCCAGGGAAGAGGCUGGAUGCUGACAAG